UAUUCGGCGUGUGUGCGCACUGCGUUACGUACUGCUGCGAGCGAGAAAGAGAGAAGCAGAGCCGUGCGCCGCUACUGCUCUACACAGCACCGCAGUCCACCGUGAAAAAGCUCGUGCAAGUUAUAUCCUGUGCGUGUACUCGACGCACAGAGCUGCACGAGAAUAAAGCGUUGCCGAUGCCGCCGCGGCUGCUGCAGCUACGACUGGCCAAUAUGCAAUGCAACGGGGUGCAUUAGACUCUCUCGUGAAAAGCUCGACUGAAAAUACACGAGGAGCUGCUGCUCGUGCGGCUCGUGGCUCGUGGCUCGUGGCUCGUGCGCGAGUGCGUGUGCGUGUGUGCGUGUGAGAGAGAGAGUGACUACCGACUACUAUAGUGAGUGCGUGAGUGGGAUCAUCGUGCGCCAGCCGCCAGCGUGUUCGCUGUUUAGCUGUUUCAUUUGGUCUUGCCUAUUGGUUAGUGGCACUUGGCAUUUGGACGCGCGACUUGCUCCGGCUCGUGCGACGACCUGAGCCGUGCCGCCGCCGCCGUCGACGCCGACGCCGAGCCUCGUGGUCCGUCUCUGACACUCGCGCACAAAGUUAAUUUAGCGCUGCGAGGCCCAAGGAAACGACACCUCGUUCGUGUAAGGCUUUCGUGCGCCCACACCUGCAUCGUCGUCGUUGUCGUCUCUGCGUGAGCAGCCGGGACUGGCGUGCGGCUGCGGUGAGCAGACACCCGACGCGACAGGCGGCCACCUACCUACUUGGACUAUUACUUGCAUUUACGCUUGUGCAUUGCCAUGGCCGUAUUCAUGCUCAAUAUCUGUAAAUUCAACUCUUGCGGCUUGACUUUCGGCACGCUAGGUCAUCUCAUCCAACACAUCGAAGAGACUCAUAUCGACAAUGACCCACAAGUGCUGGAGCGCCAGGAGCGGGCACAGCCAGCCUGCGUGCCACUCAGCUACGUUUUGCGCUUCCUCACCGACGCGGCCAGACGGGAGAACGCCCUGACGGCGGUGGCGGCUCAGCAAGCCUCCAAGGCCCUCUCGGUGAGCUCGCUCGGCUCCUCCUCGACGUCGUCCUGUUUGUCUUCGGCGAGCUACGCGGCUUCCGGAACACUCGGCAAUCCGCAGCAGCUUCAGCAACCACAGACGCAGCAUCUUCUUCUACAGCAGCAGCUCCAACAGCCAAGCCAGCUUCAUGCGCAGCAGCAGCAGCAGCAGCAGCCCCCCCAGAGGAUGGUAAAAACCCUCGUGCCUGCAUCAGGCAUCAGUAAUGCUACAGCUGGAGCUAGUGACGAUGAUGAAGAUGACGCUGACAACAAUGAAGAUGACGACGAUGACGAUGAAGACGAUGAGGACAUGAUUGAAUGCGACGACGAGGAUGACGACGACGAAGAAGAAGAUGAUGAAGUCGAGGAUUGCGCGAGCAACGAUUCCUGGAUAACGGCUCGAAGUAACUUCGAACGCAGCGUUGAGCAGCGCCAACACUUUCAACACAACGAUUACACUUCGAGCAGCAUGAGAUACAAUCCUACAGUGGCUAAAAACAACUAUCAGUACCAGCAGCAUUUGCAGCAACAUCAAACCACGAAAGACGACAGCAGGCCAUUUGCGUGUCCAGUACCAGGAUGUAAAAAGCGCUACAAAAACGUUAACGGCAUCAAGUAUCACACAAAAAAUGGACACAAAAAUGACAAGCUGCUUGUGGCCAAUUUGCAGCAUCAAAAGUUGCAGCAGCAUUUAAUCAACAAAGCCUCACAAGCUCGCAACCAUUCUAAUGUUUCUAGUCACUUUCACAGUAGCGCUAAUAACAAUACUAGCAAUAAGUUAUUCAAAUGUGGCUGUGGUAAAAGCUACAAAACGCCUUAUGGGCUGAAGAAUCACAUGGCCGUUAGGCACAAUAUAGUACAGGAUCAAAACAAAUCAAGUUAUCAUUAUUCACAGACUUUAGUUACCAACAAUUCGAUACCAUCUGCUAUUCAAGAUCACGGCUACAUCAAACAGCAAGAGCCCCAAGGGCUCGAGUGCGACGCUAAUCUUGGCGUACUCACGCCCGCUCCUAGCCCUGGUUCACUCAAUCAUCACAUCAAAUACUCCGACAUGACAUCUUGAUGCCUAUGAACAUUAUCAUUUUCAUCGUCAUGUUGCCAUUAAAUUUAUUUAUUUCCAUUACAAUGAUAAUUAUGUAAUUUUUUUUCUUUUACUGUUGUUAUUUGUGCAUUUUCAAGUACACACACACACACACACACACACACGUACUAUUUUGCUCGCUCUCAAGGUAUUUGCUAAAUGAAUACAAUCGUUCGCCGGUGUAUUAUCAUAAUUGUGCAGUGACUGAAAAUAUGAAAAAUAUAAGAUUAUUGAUAUUCUUAGAUUUAUUAUAAAUAUAGCAUUAUAUAUUAUGUAAAUC